UCCGAUAAAACUAAUAGUGUAAAGGAUUAGAUUGCCAUUAUUUUCUUAACAAAAAAUAUAAAUUGAAAAUUGGAAUUUUUCAUUACUACAUUAAAGGGAAUUUUUUUUAAAUUAAAAAAAUCUCAGUAUGUCUGUGUUUCUAUCAAUCACGAUUUUUGGAUUAAUUUUACUUUGCAGUUUAACAGCACAAGAAAAUAAAAGGUUACUAAGAAAAAAUAAUGAUACGGAUGUAUUUUUUGAAAAACAAAAAAAACUAUGGCUUAAUCCUGUUUAUGGAAUAUUAGCUGAUUCAAAUACACAAGUAUAUAUGGUUAACUAUGAUCGAGACAAACGUCGACCUGAUAUUAGGGAGUGGCCGAAUGUAACAUAUCACGCAAUGUCGAAUUUACAUAAUGUAAUAAAACAUGCUACCACAUUAGCUGUUAAUAAGAAUGAUAGUGAUUAUGAAAAAAUUAAGGCAAUGGUUCCUUCUGUACUUCAAAAAACUGAUCGUGCAUUUCCACCAAUAAUCUACCCAGAAAUAUUAGUUAUCGUCGACUAUUCCUUGUACAAAAAACUUGAUGGAAAUCUAUGGAAAAUUGUACCAUAUCUCUUAGCGUUUUGGAAUGGCGUAGAUAUGAGAUUCAGAAGUUUAAAUAACCCUCGAGUUAGAUUAAAUAUCGCCAAGAUUCUUAUUGCUGAGGAUCGAAGAGCUCUUACAUAUACAAGAUCAUUUCUUUAUAAUAGAAGAAAUUUGUAUGCACACGGAUCAAUAAAUAAAAAAAAAAAAUGGUUAUAUGGGCAAAAAAAUGUCGUUCCAUUAGACAGUUACGAUAUUGCUAUCACUAUGACUUCACAUCCAUUGUAUUUACUCCCAUAUGAUAAUGACUUGGACCAUGGCACCGAAAUUAAAGGUUUAGCUACUGGAAAAGCUUGUAUGGUUGAUCACAGAUUAAGACGUGCUAUGAACAUUGCAAUUGUUAAUGACGUGGGUGCUUACGACGGAAUUAUGGCAGCUGCACACGAAAUAGGACAUUUGCUGGGAGCUGAUCAUGAUUACGACAAUAAAAAUUGCGCUCCUUUUCAUGGCUAUGUCAUGAGCCCAUUCUUGGCUUAUAGAACAACGUCGUGGAAUUGGUCACCAUGUUCACGAUUAAAUUUCCGCAAUUUCUUGAGAUCGGGAAAUGGUACAUGUUUGUACAAUAAACCAAAAAGAGGUAUAGAAAUACCAAGAUUAUUACCGGGAAAAUUAAUGGACGCAAACGAACAGUGUAAAAUAUUAGGGAGCCUAUCAGCUGUGGAACUUGAAGAUUUCAUUUGUGUAGAUUUAGCGUGUAAUGAAGAUGAUAACGCGACAGUUACAAAAUUUUAUCGUUUUGGUGCUGCUGAUGGAACCAAGUGUGGUGAUGGAAAAAUUUGUCUCCAUGGUUCAUGUUUAUAUGAAAAAUUUAUAACUUAAUGAUAUUCAUUUUUGAAAAGAUGUACAAUACUUUUAUCAAUAAAACAAAAAAAUAGUGAAAAUCCAUCAUAAAAAAUAUAUUUUACUGAUCAGAAAAU